CUUGCUGCUCGCUUGCCCAAUCUGCCGUCGAUUCUCGGCUCAGAUAGACAUAAUCGAGGUCGUCGGACUCGUAAUCUAUGGCGAACCAUGAUCCGUGGUGGGACUUCGAGACUUUGAGGCACAACAUCAAGCAAAACACGGUGGACAGGUUAAAACACAUCAUCAGCGGCCUCAACGACGAAUGUUCUACCAAUAUCUCCAAGACCGGCAAGAAGCAGGAACUCAUCGAUAGAAUCAACGGCGCUCUCGACGGUUGGCGGCAAGCGUCGCAUACCGAGAAAUGGACGAAGGCGAAAUCGGUCCUGUAUCAGGUUCGAAAUUCCGGAACGUACACGGCCAACAAGAUGUCAUCGGAAGGCACGCCGACAUAUAGUUCGACAUACCCCGUUGCCGGCUCCAGCAAGCUGCAUUCGACUACUCCUACUGCUGUAUCUUCCAUCGGGCGAUAUGAUACCGCGACUCCACGGAAACCGGUUGCCUCCCUGCCAACUACCGUGUCAAGACCCCAAAUACGUUUUCAAACUUCCCCUUUCCUUCGAGCGGAACAAGUAGUUUCCACCGUCGUGGAGUGUCCUGAAUCCAGCAGCGCCAUGGACAGGAGGCAACAAUCUCUCGUCUUCAGCUUGACUCAAGAUCAGAUCGCGAAGUUGAACUCCACCAGCCCCAAAUAUCAACUUCGCUUGUAUUGCACCUCCAAUACGUAUUAUACUCCAGGACAGUGGUCGGGUUCUCUUUGUCCAAUCGAAUUCCCGCCCACGUGUGAGGUCCGAGUCAACAACGUGCAACUGUCAGCCAAUCUUAAGGGUCUCAAGAAGAGGCCGGGUACAGCCCCACCAGCUGACCUGGGAAAGUCCAUAAGACAAGUGGGUCAGAAUCGCGUCGAAAUGGUGUAUGUCAACAGCCAGCAAGGAACGCCGGCAAAGAAAUAUUAUAUGGUUGUGCAGCUGGCAGAAGUAACCACCGUUGAGCAGCUCGUUGAUCGUGUCAAAAAGGGUAAAUACAAGUCCAAGGAUGAGAUCCUUGCUACCAUGAAAGCUGCUGCAGCACAGGAAGAUGACGAUAUCGUCGCCGGUCCUCAAAAGAUGUCUCUGAAGGAUGCUUUGACAUUCGUACGCGUCGGUGAUCCGUGCCGAGCCGCGUCCUGCCCGCAUCCUCAGUGCUUCGAUGCAACGACCUGGUUUACCGUCAUGGAGCAGACGACAACUUGGUUAUGCCCUGUAUGUGAGCGUGUCCUUGAUCCGAAGGAUCUCAUCAUAGACGGAUACUUUGAAGACAUAUUGAAGCAGACUCCGGAGAGUCUGGAGGACGUCAUGGUCGAAGCAGAUGGUGAAUGGCAUAGUCAAGACAACCGAUAUGCGUCACCUGGAUGGAAGGCCUCACAUCCAUAUAUUCCCCCUCCACCCACACCAUCCACACAACGACGGCCAUCUCCUAAGCUCUCACCUCGGGUUGAUGCGGAGAAAAAGAAGAAACCCAACGGUGAUGCGAUUCUCGUACUCGAUGAUUCCGAUGAAGAGGACGAAGGCCGUGUCAAGAGGGAACUAUCACCUACCAAUCCGCUCAGUGCGGAGAACUCGCUGGAUGGCACCCUUCCUCCGCAGUCUCAACUCUCGCGCGCCGCUAGUACAGUGAUCGAGAGCGAUGUCAUCGAUCUGACCGUUGACGAUGAAGACGAGCCGGUUGUCCGAUCCGUCGCAGGUCGCAAGCCGGAGAAACGGAAGGCUCCAGACACGGGUACCCAUUCGGAGCAUGUAUGGAAGAAAUCUCGAACAGACUCUAUCAGGCCGAACGGUCACGCCAACGGCACCCAACCUGCGACUCCGAGUAUUCCGGUGUACAGCUCCGCACCAUAUACAUAUCCACCUCAAUCAGCACGACCGUCAGCGAGUCGGACGCCGUCUGGUUCCGGACCGAACGUGUAUGCGUCAAACGUAACUUCCCAGUUCUACUCCACGACAACGGGAUACCCUGCAAACCGAGAUGGUUAUCACAGUCAGAAUCGGACGAAUGGGUCUUCGAGAUGGUGA